CCGCUCACCAGGAACAAAAAGGGGGAUUAAAAAAAGCCCAGUACAUUCUAUGCCCGCCGUUUAAAACAAACCAAAAAGCGCGGUGAGGAUUCUCUGUAUACAUAACCCUAGAUAAUGUCCAAGGGACCCAAGUACAUCCUCCUCUCCCUCCCUAGCUCCAUCACCCCCUCCCACCAUCGUGACGAUGCUCUCGAAGCUAUCAGCAAGACCAUCACCUCAGAUAAUGGCACGGUCAUCCCCUUUGCCAUCCCAGAGUUUAAAAUCGGGACACUGGAUACGCUGGUGCAGCAGGCGGACGAGCUGGCGAGGCUAGAAGCCCUGUGCCAUAACGUCGUGGGCAAGGUGGGGGAUGUUUUGAAGAAUGUUCUGGAGGGGGAUGAGGAGCAGAUUGCAAAUAUGAAAACGGUCAAUGACAAGCCUGUUGAGCAGUAUCUAAGGACGUUUCAGUGGAAUAAGGUCAAAUACCGGGCAGAGAGGUCAUUGGCAGAAUUGAUUGAUUUGCUGCAAAAGGAAGCGGCAAGCAUCGACAAUGACGUUCGAGCCAAAUUCUCACAAUAUACCCAAGGAAAAACGACACUUGCUGCACUCCAACGGAGACAAACGGGAACAUUGUCCACCAAAUCCCUCGCAUCUGUCGUUGAUCCCCGCAUCCUCGUCCAAGACUCCGAAUACCUCGAAACCCACUUAAUUGCCGUCCCUUCACGAGACACAAAAGAAUUCCUACGAACAUACGAAACCAUGUCACCCAUGGUCGUUCCUCGCUCUUCAACCUUUGUCGCUUCAGAUGACGAAUCCACCCUCUACGCUGUCACGACGUUCAAAAAGCACAGCGCUGAAUUCAUCCAUAAGUGCCGGGAACACCGGUGGAUACCUAGAGAUUAUAAAUAUGUCGAGGGUAUCGAGGAGAAGGAGCGGAGGGAUCUAGAUAAAGCUAAUUCCGAUGCACGGCGGCUUUGGGGCGAGACAUUGCGGCUUGCAAGGACCGGGUGGAGCGAGGCUGUGAUGGCCUGGGUGCAUGUGCUUGUCUUGAGGGUGUUUGUAGAGACGGUGUUGAGAUAUGGGUUGCCGCUGGACUUUGUGUGCGCAUUGAUAAAGACCACAAACAAACAAGCAAGAAAAGCAAAGAGUCUCCUUGACGACUCAUACUCGUACCUAGCGGGCAACGCCUUCGGGCGUGAUAAGAAAGGCCGUGUCCAAAAAGAUGAUCCUCUGGAUAUGCAGCAUGUCAGCGGAGCAGGUGAGAGCGGAGCAGGUGAGUAUACCGCUUUUGUAUAUUACGAGAUAGAGUUCGAGUGAGCUUGAAGCCAGCCAGCUCCCAACGGACUUCACUCACAUCCUGCCGUAUAAAAGGAGGCAUCUCGUCUAUUUUCAUUUUUCAUUUCGAAUCUUAACGGUAUUAUGAAAUGGGAAGGAAAAUGAUGAAUUAAUACAUUUGGAUGAUGACACGCUCAGUGACGUUGAUCUUUCAUUUAUUUGUAUCGCAUGCGGUUUCUAUUUUCUUUACUAAUGCCUACAUUUUUACAAAUGUGCUUGCGCACCGUUUCUUUCUUUCCUUUUUCAAUGUUGUCAUUAUAUCUGGGACCU